AUGCAGCAAACUCUGACGACGAACCGGAACGUGACUCCCUCUUAUCACGAUACAAACAGCAACCAUGAGAUAUUACAAACUACCACUGCUCGCAUGCGUUCGCGAUCAACAUCCGAUCUUCAUCACCAGUACCAAAACAAUAAUGCCAACUUCCCUUCCUCCUCGAGCUUGCGUGAUAUAUUGUCUGUGGUGUUCAUUAUGCUUUCGUUCCCGCAAUACAUGUCUUUAGGGCUCUUGGUGGUUUAUUUGAUGUUGGGGUCUAACUUUAUGGGUGGGAAAUUCUUAAUAAACUUUUUAUUGCCACAACUGCAUAAAUUGACAUUUGCCAGUUUUAAACACUCGUUUGUGACUUUUAUCAAGAUGGGUGGGAUAGACGUGUUUCUUUUUUAUGGUUUGAGCAGAGUGGUAAAGAGGAAAAGCUAUUUCAACUAUCUAGUUAUUCUUUCAAAGGCGAUAGUUGCAAGUGAGUUUAUUGGCUCGUCAUCGAUAAACUAUAUCAACUCGAUCUCCUCGAAAAAGUUUACUACGAAAAUCCAGUACGAUGACAAGAAUCGUAUUUUCAAUAGCAACUUGAUAAAUGCCAUUGUGUGUUUUAUUAUUAUCAACUAUGUCAACUAUGUGUUGAAUUGGGUCAACCUAUCGUUCCAGCUUUUCAAUACCCUGCAGUACUCGGCGCAUAUCACCAACUUUAAUUUUAGUCAAUGGAAUGUGCAAGUUUAUUUGUUUCUAUGCAUACACACCAUUAUCCAAGCGUUGUUUCGGAAAUCGCCCAUUGCUCAGAGUUCGAUACCAAGUAUUACCGACGAUAUAUCUGUGAAUGUCGAUAACAACAAGUUGUUGGAUAUUGAGAUUAAGGAUUUGCCCAAGUUUAAUGGAAAUUAUGCGAGCAACUACUCGGUUGCAUUGAAGAAUUUUGAGAAUUUUAUUAUCUCCCCUUUUAAUAGUAAGUUGUCGGUUAUGAAGAAUCGUAUGCGGGCAUCGUCGUUAUCGAAUUUGGCGAUGAAGACUACUACUACCAGUACGACCACCUCGCUUACCAGUUCUACUACAUCUACAAGUUUGACAACCACCACCAUUUCUCCCAAUGUGACUCUUAUUGAGAACACCAUUAUUGUGCAACCGUUUUGGUCGAUCAUUGCUGCAGUGAAAGCGAUUUUGAAGAACCCAAACUUGUUCAAUGGUGAACUGACAAAGAAGAAGAAUGAGGGUGGGGUUUUUCUAACCAAGGAAGUGCAGCCAAAUGUCCCGAUGGCAAUUAUGGUGAUUGAUUCGUCAAAGGUUGUACUCCAUUUGUUGUCGUCAAUACCAAGUGACAUCCAAGUGAGAUUAAACAAUAUCAAAUGGUCGUAUUUCAAGGUUGUGGGUGAGUAUCUUGUGAUUUAUGGAUUGACCCCGUUGUUUCAGUAUGAGGUAGAUAUCGUGGCCCAGUCGCAGGUGUUGAAUCAUCUUGUUAUAAACACUACCAACGACGAUAACCAGAUUAUGAAUAAGUCGAGCAAAGAAACUUCGUCGUUGGCCACUUUGCAGACGUCACUUGAGUUGGUAAUGAACAAAACCGAAACCCUUAAGGCUAAGCUUAAAAAGUAUAAGAAGGAUGAAAACAAAAAGAUAACUGAGAUGCGGAACUCGAUUGAGUUGCUUAAAAGUAAAAUUUCAAAGAACCGCCAAGGUAAUGAUAAUCGUAUUUUUGGAAAGAUCAAAGGGUUAAAACAUUCGGUGAUGCAAUUGGAGAAUGAAAUUGAAGGUUUGAAUAAGGAGAUUGCCGAGUUGAAUAAAACAGAAUGUGAAUUGCAGGAGGCAAUGAAGAGCAAAGAGUCGAUGCAAGUACAAGAAAUUGCUGAGUUGAACAAGACAUAUAGUGAAUUUGAGUCACGUAUGAAAGACGCGAGAGCCGAAUUGAAGAAUGCCAGUCAUGAGUUAGCCUCACUCAGUGCAAAGAGCCAGAAGUUGAUGGCGAAACAAGCGGCCAAACAGGAAGAGCUUCGCAACUUGUCUACAGAUAUUAAGAAUAUAAAAAAGAAUGAGAUUCUGGCCAAAUUUACAAAGAGGAUGAAGCGGACCAACGAAAAGUUUGAGACGAUCUUGCCGAAAAUUAUCGAAGAAACAGAAAAUUUGACUCUCGAGUAUAAUGAAUUAGUAGCAUAA